GUGCUCCCGGAGCUGGGCGGGGCGCAGCCCAUGUGGUUCGGGCGGGAGGCGCCGGGACGUGGCCAGCUGCCUGCCUGCCUGCGGGGGAGAGCCUGGCGCGAGCCAGCCGCCCUGCUUCCUGCGCGCUGCUUGGCCCCAUCAUCCAACCUUGCCCCGGCGCCCCGACCUGACGCCGCCCUGCUUCGUCGCCCUUUCUCUCCCAGGUGCUGGACCAGGGACUGAGCGUUCCCCGGAGAGGGUCCGGUGUGACCCCAACAAGAAGCAGAAAUGGGGAAGAAACUGGAUCUUUCCAAGCUCACUGAUGAAGAGGCCCAGCACGUCUUGGAAGUUGUUCAACGAGACUUUGACCUCCGAAGGAAAGAAGAGGAAAGACUAGAGGGGUUGAAGGGCAAGAUUAAGAAGGAAAGCUCCAAGAGGGAGCUGCUUUCCGACACUGCCCAUCUGCAGGAGACCCACUGUGCCCACUGCCUGCAGCCCUACCGGCUGUUCGUGAACAGCAAAAGGCAGUGCCUGGAAUGUGGCCUCUUCACCUGCAAAAGCUGUGGCUGCCUCGACCCGGAGGAGCAGGCCUGGCUCUGUGACCCCUGCCAUCUGGCCAGAGUUGUGAAGAUUGGCUCACUGGAGUGGUACUAUGAGCACGUGAAAGCCCGCUUCAAGAGGUUCGGAAGUGCCAAAGUGAUCCGGUCCCUCCGUGGGCGGCUGCAGAGUGGAGACUGGCUGUCCUUGGGUGGAGUCAUGCAGGUAUCUAUUGCAGCGGGGCCUGAGCCAGUCUCCAAAGAGAGAAGUGAAGACAGCGAGCAGACGGAUGACGAUGGAGAGCAGGACUCAGAGGCCCAGGCCCAGCCCCUUGGCAGCAAAAAAAAGCGCCUCCUCUCCAUCCGUGACUUUGACUUCGAAGGAGACUCAGAUGACUCCAGUCAGCCUCAAGAUCACUCCCUGCACCUGCCCUCAGUCCCAGCGACCAUGGACAGCCUGCAGUCCCUCACAGAUGAGUCCUGCUCAGAGAAGGCAGUCCUCCAGAAGGCUGAGGGCCUGGAGGAGGCUGACACUGGGGCCUCUGGGUACCAUCCCCGUCCAGAAGAGCAGCCGACACACAUCUCGCCUUCCGGACACGGCGCCCUCGCUGAGCUCUCCCUGCCUGGAGGCUCCCGCGGGCUGGCCCUGGGGACUGCCGCUGCACUAGGGCCAAAUGUCAUCAGGAAGGAGCAGCUGCCCCCGCAGUACUUGGCCGACGUGGAUACCUCUGACGAGGAAGGCAUCUGGGCUCACAUGGCGGCCUCCCAUCAUUCCAAGCGGAGAGGCCGGACGUCCUCUGAGAGUCAGGGUGUAGGUGCUGGGGUGUGCACGGAGGCCAACGUGGAGGAGGAGACCCUGAGGAGGAAGCUGGAGGAGCUGACCAGCAACGUCAGUGAUGAGGGGGUGUCCUCCGAGGAAGAGGAGACCAAGGACAGAAAGGCAGAGCCUGACAGGGGCACCUCAGUUGAGACCCUCUGCCACGCAGACUUAGAGGUGGGCAUGGCUGCCCAUCAAACCAACAGACAGGAAAAGGGCCGCCAGGGCCCCGAGGACCCCGUCCAGCACAACAGGACCACAGAUGAGGAGCUGUCGGAGCUGGAGGACAGAGUGGCAGUGACGGCCUCAGAAGUCCGGCAGGCAGAGAGCGAGGUUUCAGACAUCGAAUCCAGGAUUGCAGCCCUGAGGGCCGCCGGGCUCACAGUGAAGCCCUCGGGAAGACCCCGGAGGAGGUCAAACCUCCCGAUAUUUCUCCCUCGAGUGGCUGGGAAAGUUGGAAAGAGACCAGAGGAUCCAAAUGGAGACCCUUCGAAUGAGGCCAAGGUAUGUGUUACUGCAUCCAAGCCCCAGACACCGCACGAAGGUGGAAGACCACACCCCUUUCCAGCAGUGUGGCGAGUCCACGGGGUGGCAGAGCUGCAAUGUCCGCACAGCUGCCCACACAGCUGCCAUGCCCUCACAAUUGCCACAAGGCCGUGGCAACUCCCGUGGGUUGGCUUCCUCCGGGGCACACACUGAGCUGGGUUUGCGUUGAUGCAUUUGUUGAAAAUCCAAGAAAGCCCAGUAGCGGGGCUGGGAAAGUGAGACAGGAAAGGAAGGAGGCCAGCAGUCAAUGCGAAGCAAACCCACACAGGCUGACUGUGGCUCAGUCCUCCUGGGGGCUCUGGAGACUACGCCACCCAGGAGUGAGGUCACCGGCACUUAGCCCUUCCACACCCGUCAGUCCCGAGUAAGAGCCAGGCCCUGGGCCACAUACAUUCCCAGGCACUUCUGCCCUUCCCUGAACAGGCACAGCGGGCCCGUGGCCUGGGGACUUCCUCCAUCUGGGAGACUUAGGCGCUGGCUGCCACAGGUGAAAAUAUCCAGGAGCCAGUGUGCACGAAAAUGGCACAGGGAGUUGGGGGCUGUGGGCAGGACCCACGGACGCAAUGCACAGAGGGCAGAGCCAGCCUGGGAGGGAGAAGCUCCCUGCAUUUAGGUGGGGUGGUUAGGAGUAAGAUGAGGCAUACCGUGGCCAGUGCCCCAGGAGGAGUGGGCUUCAGCUUCAAGCCCUACCUGCAGCCCAGCCCCAUAGGGAGCCUUGAGGAACAUCUGGCCACUCCUCGUCACAAUCCUGGCAGCUCCUCACAGUGACACGCAGUGUUUUUAAAAGUCUGUCUUUCUCUAUGGUGUUUACAGCACCUAGCAGGUAGGCAGUGCGAUUAACCCUGUUGUUCUGAUGAACAGACCAUCCGGCUGAGGGUAGUAGGUGAACUUGGUCAAGAUCACAGACAGGAAGUGACAGCAGUGUCUCACCCAGGCCAUGCCUGACACCCACGCUCUUCCACCUUUGUCCCUCGAAGCGCAGCCUGACAGCUUCUGCAGCUGCAUCUAGGAGCAGCCUACAAACCCAGGAAGGCAAAAUCCCAGGCUGCCAGAUACCAAGAGAAAUUUCUAGGGGAAUUGGGCCACUUGGCUCUGUCUUCACUUCCCUGAAAAGCCAAACAGAGAACAGAUUUCUUAUCACACUGUAGCAAGGUAAUGAACUGGAAAAAAGACAGGAGCUACAGACCCAUUUUACAGAGGAGGAGACUGAGGUUCGGAGAGGAUAAGAAGUGAAUUAAUUGUCUGUGUCACACAGUGGUAAGGGGGUAGUGCUGGGAUUUGAAACCAGAUCUGCAGGGCGGAAACUUGUACUCUUUCUGCCAUACCAUCCAAAUGUGGCAGCUCCCCUAAAGCGAAGCAUCUCUUACUUCAGGUACUUAGUACUUAGUUUAUUGAAAAUGUGCAUUCUAAUGUUGCUAAAUGUUCAAAUCUUGCUAGAUAGCAGUAAACAGUGGGCCUGGUUAAUUAGAAGCUGGAAGAACCAUAAGAAAUCCAAAAUUAGUUCACAAUUCCUAAACAUCACAAUUUGGUAAAGCCUGGAGCCACUGUUUCUUCUAGGCAGCGGCUAUGCCCUAUCUUCUGAGAAGAAACUUCAGUAACUCCCUGAAAAGUCAAGGUAAGAGCCCUCUCCUCUGCACAGCCCCAUGGACCUGGGAAAUGAGCUCCCUGGAGGAAAAUGGCCAGUCGCAGUUCUGCGUGUGUCCUUCGUAACCUGCGGGACGUAUCUCAUGUCCUGACUCCCAAAAAGCAUUCCCAGUGCCACUCGGGCCACCCUUAGGACCCAGUAAGUUGUGAUCCAGACAACUGGAACUUGCUGCUUUAAGCGUGCAAAGGUGGCCCUGGUGGCAGCGGUGACGGUGGUGGUAUUUUCAUGUCUUUCUACAUAAAUUGUCCGGAUGUGGUACCCAGUUUCUGGCCUUCAUACAGAAAGUAGGGGACAUCAUUUAGCCUUCCUUGAAGGUUUGGUAGUGACAAGGACAUUAGCUUUGUCCUGGACGAAUGGGAUGUGAGGCUUCCUCCGCACGUGGCCAGGUUCUUUGGGUAUCUGUGUGCUCAUUUCAUUUACUCACCUUGUGGCCCAACCACUGCUCACCAGAGGCUGGCACCUCCUCUCUCCCACUCGGAGUCCAGCCCUCUGCCGUGGAGCUGCUUCAGGUCCCCAGGCAAUUGUUGGAUUGAUCUCCUGUUGUCCCUGUUUUCUGAGCUUUGUCCUCACACACACCAUCAUUCAAACUGUUACAGCUGCAGUCCUAGCAGACAGUGUGUGUCCCUCCUCUACUCACAAACAAUCCUUGGCUCCCGACUGCCUGCAGAAUGAAGUGGGAUUUCUUAGCAUAGCCUGCAGACUUGGGCCAUUUGUUACACACUGGAACCAGCCAGCCCCUGCCAUACCCACCCAAGGAUGCACUUCCUUCCCAUGCCUGGGACAGCGCAGCGGAUGCUGGUUUCAGAGCACGCCACAUGAGCACGUGCCUCCAUGCCCAGGUUCACCCUCCAUGCCCAGGUUCACCCUCCAUGCCCGGGUUCACCCUCCAUGCCCGGGUUCACCCCUCCAUGCCCAUCUCUGUCUUGUGAAGUCCUCCAAGGCCAAGCACGAAGCCUUGCCCCGGGGCUCUCCAUGCCUCCCUGCAACACCCAGCACCUCGAUCCCCAUUUCCAGCCCACUCACUUCUUUGUCCAUCAGCCACCCCACCUCUGUGCCAGCUCGCUCUUUGCACCCCCUGAGCCUCCAGCACACAUUCAGGUCAAUCCUGGGACAGAGCUGCUGCCCAAGGCCCUUUGGGGCUAAUCCCAGAUUCAGAAUCACCAGCCAGGAGGGUGACUUUGCCAGAGAUGACCCCCUGAGGAGCUACCGGCAGGGGUUCCUGGAGAGCUAUGUGUUGGCCAUGAGGGGUUCCCAGCACAUCUCAUAGGCUGAAAUCCAAGUGGAGUUUCUGGUUUGGUUUGGAUUGGAUGGGUUUGGUUUUGAGACAGGGUCUCACUCUGUCGCCCAGGCUGGAGUA